GGUAAACGAGUUUUCGAGUCACUGACGCACCCACGCCUUGACCAGUCUGUCGCAAACUACCGACUAAAUCACAUUACCACACGUUACACAUAUUCAAUACAAAAUGAAGUAUUCGAUCAUUUUAUUCGUCGUCCUACUGGCGAUUAUUUGUGGCGUUCAAUGCAAAGACCUUAUAGUGGGAACUAGUUUCAAUAACAGACUUUUAUUUCAAGAGAAAGCCGAGUACAAUGCCAUACCGCUGAAGAAAAGAGUUAAAGAAGUUUUCUUCUCAGACCCGGGACAGCAAAUUAUAAAGGGAAUAAUAGCCCGUGACCUGGACCACACGGAUGCUGUGGCCAGCAUCACUGCGGGAGGUGUCGGCUUCUCCUACGCCAACGUGAAGCUGAAGAGCGAGCGCGGUUCCGGGCUCAACUACCAAAUCGAAUUCUACGUCUAAACUCAUGUUAAACCAAAUAUAUAUAUCGAUAACAGUCACUGUACAGAGGCAUGCAAAUAAAUUGAACGAAUCAUAAAAUAUUUUAUCAAAUAUAUCUCGCUUUUAUAUUUAUAUAAAAUGUUUAUUCAAUGUAAUGUGUAACAUUGUUCAUACAGGUAUUGUCGUUUUUUCUAGAAAUAGAUAAAUAAAAAUGUACAAUUGCUUUCUGAAAAUAA